ACGACGCAACACCAAAACGUCAUUUCCGCAAGACGUUGCUAAGGGCAUUUCUUAUGCGCUACUAGCUGCAGAAGAAACUACUAUUGACUUUGAAAGGAAUACACACGAUUUGUAUUAAAUACUUAUGUACAAUGUCAAGGCAUAAAACAGAGCCAAAAUGAGUUCAACAAGAAGUGUUAACCCGCCACGUUCCAGGAUUCCUGUCCCGUUGGAAAGCGGAAACACAUCGACAAAGCCAGUUAGAAGUGGAACACAAUCCAUGAGAACAAGCCAGCGUCCAAUGAAAGCCACUCACGACGAUAACGGGGUCGCGCAUUCUUCAACCGCUAAGAAGGCGUUGAGUCCAAUAUAUUCGGAAUCCGAAACCAGUUCUCCUGACAGCAGCAAGCGUUGGAAGUCCAUCCCUUUGAGAAGUAAACAAAAUACCCCACGUUACAAACCCUCUAUCAACGACAAGACCCAUGAGUCGACACUCAUUGCAAAAAACGUGAAUCAGAUGAAGUCUGAAACUAGCUUCAAUUCAUCGUUAGAGCCCAGAAGUUGUAUUUCGAUACCAGUCAAAGUUGAGUUCGAAAUUAAAGUCAAUCCGAAGUAUGCAAACCAAAAUAAAAGCAUUGUGGACCAAGUGGCAAAUAAACAAUCCAACCACGGUGCCAGCUGUAAACGGACUGUAGCAAACAUUAAGGACAUACUAAAAACUGUCCUGACGUGCCUGAAAACAGGCAAGCAUUUCGCCAAAGUCGACAUUUCUUUCGAUUUUAAGCCUGAUUCUUUAGGUCAAAAACAAUCCCUGCCCGGCACAAUGCGCCGCCUUCCGAUGCCCGUAGAUAUGAAGGACAUCAGUGCAAUAGAUAUCGACCUUGCAGUAUGGGCGCCGAGAUUCUUGGACAUCAGUCAUGCCGAUAAUGAUAUUCAAUACGCAAAGAGUCCUAUGGGCACUUUACAUGAUAUGCAAGGGGUCGCCUUUACCUCGCGUGGUUCCCUUUUUACCCCGCUAAUGUGUUCAACACCACGGGUCGACGAACUCAUAUAUGGUGUAUGUGAGACUAUAACAAAACAUGACGGUGUUAAUUGGAGAGAAGCGGAGAUUGUCAGUCCAGGAGAAAGAUAUCACUUGCAAAAACCUGCCGUAGCUAUCUCCAAACGACCUGAUAAUGUGCCUCGGUUGAAUAUAUUGGUAUCUCCAGUUGGAAGAAAUGACACGAGAUUUAUGCAAAUGUUCGACGAUAGCAGCGAUCUGUCCACUGACAGGUCAUUUACUCUGCAGCGUUCAAUAGAAAACUCCUGGCAGGACUAUUCGAGACCAAUGAUGCAAGUCAGACCACCAUUUGUGCCACGUUUGAAUUUGAGAGAUUUGGAAGGGUUUGAACUUCAUUCAAAGAAGAAAUGUGCGCCCACUUUCCGUGCGUCUGAUUCUCAGUCAAAUGAGAACGUGCCAGUCUUCAAGAGGCAUACAUCUUUAAAUAAAGACACAGGACAGCAAAAGGAACUCGUGCAAAGACAAUCGCUGAAGAAACCCGUUGCCAUGACAGCGUUUCGAGAACUGCAUAUCGAGCAACACAAAGCGCUAGCCCAUUUACACGUUAACAAUAUUCGCUCUCUUCCCACCCUUAUUCCUUCCCCAAUCAUUCGACCGUACGGCUCCACGGUUCGUGACGAGAGGAGAUUCACAUUUGUUGACACUAGCACACCAAAACUUGUUCAACGAGCCGACUAUGAUCGCAAUAGCUUGCUGCCAAGAAACGAGAGAUAUCCGUCUUCUGAAAGCGGACUGAUACGAAGCAAAGAAGCGGUACUGGCCUAUAAAAGCCGUUUUAAAAUUGGGUUCGGUUUUGUGCCACCAAAAGUGCGAUUUGUUAUCUCGAAAAGGCCUUCAACUUCAGCUGAUGAGACCAACACUGGUCUGCAGGCAAGAAAGAGAAUAAAGAAAGCAUCGAAGCAAACUAUAAACGUUGCUGUGAAAAUCCCUCAAACCAGGAUUCAAAAUUACAGUAAAUACAAGCAUGUGAAAUCGAAGAUAAACACCGGCCUACGACAAGGGGAUGCUAUAGGUAGUUCUUCAUUCGGGAUCUACAGAAGACCCGAAAUCGUGUCGAAAGGCAACAGGAAUGCGAACGCAAACGUAGAGUGUUAUGAAAGCCAUCGUGGACAGAAAUUACCUGAAGUGGCGACAUCGCUAUCCCCGAAACAUAAUGGACGUAACAUACACGGACAUAAACACGUGAAACAAAGUGACGUGUGCAAUUAGUCUUCUAGGAGGCAAACUCAUAUUUGCAAACUUGUGCCGUUGCCAGAUAUUGAGAGCAAAGUUAAUGGUUAGCUGUUGUGCAUAGAAACGGGCAGAUAUUAACUGAAAGAAAAUGUCGGACACGCGUGAUUAAAAUGUAAUUAUUAAAAAUAUUGCUAUAAAUAAACCGCUAUGAAUAA